CUCACAUACCAAACAUAAAUUCAACUUAAACCCCACCAUUGACAUUGACCAACCCCCUCCUUCAAUUAAAAGGAAAACUUUGGUUCCCCUGUUUCAGCUACAAGAUUUCAAUCAAUCUUUCUCACACCACCCUGCUUUUCAAGAUUUUGCUUUCUCCUGUAAGUCAACUAGAACAGCGGAACUCCAAUUGUGACUUACGGGUAUAGAGCUCAAAUUUAAGACAUUUGGAGGAUUGGAGAUUGGUGUCCUUGUUUAAGUUUGACUGCAACUGCCAAUGAUAUUGUGAGAGAACAUGGGAAGUCCUUCACUGCUCCUUAUUAUUACAUUAGUUCUCGGGUUCUCAUUUGCCACUUACAAUCUGGUAACAAUGGUAAUGCACAAUAGAUCAAUUUCCAAACUGAUGGUAGACGACUCCGACGGUGGAAUGUUUUUUGAUCCAGUCAUUGAGAUGCCCGAAAGUGUAAAAAAAACAAAGAAUGCCAAACUGCCUUUCCAUGUUGCCUUAACAGCUACUGAUGCUCCGUACAGCAAAUGGCAGUGUCGGAUCAUGUACUAUUGGUAUAAGAAGCAGAAGGACAUGCCUAGGUCGGAGAUGGGAGGGUUCACUCGAAUUUUACACUCUGGAAGUCCCGACAACUUGAUGGAUGAGAUUCCGACCGUUGUAGUUGAUCCUCUUCCAGCAGGACUCGAUCGGGGAUAUAUUGUCUUAAAUCGACCAUGGGCUUUUGUGCAGUGGCUUGAAAAGGCUACAAUUGAAGAAGACUAUAUAUUGAUGGCGGAGCCUGACCACAUUUUCGUCACUCCCCUACCUAAUCUGGCGCAAGGAGGAUACCCGGCUGCAUUCCCCUUUUUCUACAUAAAGCCGGUUGAGAAUGAAAAACUGUUAAGGAAGUUUUUCCCGGAUGAGAUGGGAUCGGUGACAAAUAUAGAUCCGAUUGGCAAUUCACCUGUCAUUAUCAAGAAGGACCUAUUGGAAAAGAUUGCUCCUACUUGGAUGAAUGUUUCUUUAAAAAUGAAGGAUGAUCCAGAGACUGAUAAAGCUUUCGGAUGGGUGCUAGAAAUGUAUGCGUAUGCUGUGGCGUCGGCGUUGCAUGGCGUGCAACACAUUCUCCGGAAAGACUUCAUGCUUCAGCCACCAUGGGAUCUGGAGAUAGGGAAAAGGUUCAUAAUUCAUUACACCUAUGGAUGUGACUUCAACAUGAAGGGCAAGUUAACAUAUGGUAAAAUCGGCGAGUGGCGAUUCGACAAGAGGUCAUUUCUACAAGGACCACCACCACGGAAUCUCCCCUUGCCUCCUCCAGGGGUCCCUGAAAGUGUGGUGACCCUUGUGAAGAUGGUAAAUCAAGCAACGGCCAACAUUCCGAACUGGGAUGCGGAAUAAACAUCCGGUAACAUGAAAAGUUGAUUUACAGUGAAAGACAAUUCU